AUGCCUAAGGGUCGCCCUCCCGCCAGCCGCGCCGUCACGGUGUCCAAAGCACUAAGUCUGCUUCUCCGUCACGCCGCCGAAAAAGAAGGCCUACCGAUAGAUGCGCAAGGCUACGCCAAUGUGUCUGAUGUGCUAGCAUGGCGCAAACUUAAGUCCCUAAAAGUCACCUUCCCCGAGAUCGUCGACGCCGUCGCCAACUCCGAUAAGAAGCGAUUCGCGCUGCUAUACACCCCAUCUACAUCCCAACCUACACCAACCGCUACAGAACCAACCCCUACAACUACAUCUACAGACCCCACCACAGAAACCGAACCCGAAGUAAAAGAAUCCACUGACACAACCACCACAACCACCGCCCUCGCUGCAACCACCACCGACACCAACCCCACGCACUACCUCAUCCGCGCAACGCAAGGCCACAGCAUCAAGACCGUUGAAGCUGCGCACCUCCUCGAGAAACUCUCCCUCUCCGACAAAGACAAACUUCCGCGCACUGUCGUUCACGGCACAUUCCACUCCGCAUGGCCGGCCAUCUUCUCCUCCGGUGGACUACGCUGCAUGGGCCGCAACCAGGUACAUUUUGCGACAGGGCCAGCAGUGGAAGAUGUGUUGGCGGGAAAUGCGGUGGCCGCGCCGGGACAGGUAAUUUCGGGGAUGCGGAGGGAUGCGCAGGUGCUGAUUUAUGUGGAUUUGGAGAAGGCGUUGAAUGCGGGAUGUCCGUUUUGGAGGAGUGAGAAUGGGGUGAUUCUUAGUGAGGGGAUCAGCAUAAAUCAGAAUGAGGAUGGGAAAGAGGGGGGGAAGGAAGAGAAGGUAGUGCCGUUGGAGUUUGUGGAUGUGGUGGUGGAGCGCAAGAUGGGCAAGAUUUGGGAACGCGGACAGGUGGUGCAGGAGUGGCCGUCGGAAUGGGCGCAAAAGGGGACUAGACAGAAGGGGGGUCCGACGGGAAGGAAUCGUACUUGA